AGGAAGUUGAUAUCAUGUAGAGUAAAUUUUCCUUUCUCUCCAGAAACACAAAUUUUGAUAGUUUUUACAGCUCUAUGUUGCCAUGAGUUCUUCAGCAAUGUUGUUCCUUGUUCUCGCAUUUUCGUUCAAUUUAGAAGCAGUGAACUGUUUUAUGUUUCGUACGAUACCCAGUCACGCAUUUAAGGGUCUCAAUUCGCAAACGCUCUACGACCUAGAUUGGCUGAGUUGUUUAGAAGCUUGUAGCCGCAGCGAGACAUGCGUGUCUUAUAACUACAACUCGCUUCCAGAUAUUGAAGAACAAGGGAAUGUAUGUGAAUUGAUUAGCGGAGACAAAGAUCUUGGAGAGUGUGAUACCAAUCGUCUUGUUUACCAACCUGGUUACAUGUUUCAUGCGAUAAAACUCAGCAGGAAGGAAGCAACCGAGAUAGUGCCAUACAAAAAGACGGUGAAAAAUAAAGGCUUCACAGAUUGCUACGAGUUAUUUCAAGCGGGAAGAACACAAAGUGGAGUCUACACAAUCACCCCUGACGGCAAAAACGAGUUUGAAGUCUUCUGCGAUCAACAAAAGAGAAACAGUGGUGGAUGGGUCGUCUUCCAAAAGCGAUUCCAUGGCUCGGUUGACUUUUUCCGAGACUGGGCGAGCUACAGAGUUGGAUUUGGUAACUUGACAGGCGAGUUUUGGCUCGGUCUCGACAAAAUACACCGACUGACGUCCCUGAAACGGACUAUUUUGCGCGUAGAUCUCGGUGAUUUCAAUGGAGACUCUGCAUACGCCACGUACGAUAGGUUUCAAGUUUUAAGCGAAGAAAACUCAUACGCGCUCCAUCUUGGAAAGUAUUCAGGAACAGCCGGUGACUCCUUGAGGUGGCACGAUGGUUUAACUUACUCCACCAAGGACCAUAAUAAUGGGGACUGCCCUGCUAUAGAAUGUGCCAAUAUGUACCAUGGGGCGUGGUGGUAUGGAGCCUCCAUCCGAUCACACCUUAACGGCAAAUACUAUAUGACACCGAAUGCACCAGCAUACAAUGGUAUCAUUUGGGCAGACUGGAGGGGAUUUAAUACCUCCCUGAAAUGGACAGAAAUGAAAAUGAGACCCAUGUCUUGACUGUACAACAGUCAGCUAACAAGCUCUUCUUGCAGGGUAAUGUUCGUUUCCUCAAGCUCUCUAAAGACACAUAUACCCUAAGUUGCAUAGAUUUAAAAUAGGAGUCUUCAAUCUCAAAUCCUAAUGCAAACUUAUUGUCGACAAUAAAAAAAAGAACAAAAUAUUCAUCGUCCCGGCUAUGCCAAAUUAAUUUGAUUUUGAAGCACUGGUAGCGGAUACGUCUGAAUGUAUCCGUUAGAAUACAUAUGAAAAGUGAAAUGAAAGGAACGAACAGAAAUAAAAAAAUCAUCACGCAAAUUCAUUGUGGACUAUACAAAAAGAAUAAAUUAUUGAUGGCCCAUACUACGCAGAUUAAUUUCAAAUUUAAGCGCCGGCGGAAGCUGAAUGUAUUCUAUAGAACACAUAUAAAAAGUCAAAUAAACCUAACAAACGAACAAACAGAAACAAAAAAAAAAAACAAAGAAAAAAAAAACAAAUUGAUAACGAUAAAGACAAAAACAAAAAGAAUCAUAUAGAAGACGACCGAAAAUCUUAAGCGAACAAAAACAAACAAAAUCAAUAAAUAAAUAAAACACAAAGGCAAAGGAAUGUGACAUAUGCGUUUUCUAAUAGCUUUAUUUUCGGUCCGGAGUAAAGGUCCAAAAGUGGACAGUAGGUAAAACCACCAGCAUUGAUAAAGUUCCCUUUUCAAAUUUCUAUGGCGUAAUUUGGACGGAGCCUGAGAAAUAACUUGACACAGUGAGCACAUUAGAAGACGAAAAAGUAAAGCUGUUUCCCACUAAUUAUACGUAAUCACAACAACAGGGUAGUGGAGGAGGGAU